UGGCGGAGAAGCAAAGGAGGCUGAGCAACCAAAGGGGGACCUGAAGUCGGGGGGGGGUGUGGCCUCUUGAGAUCGGAGCCUGAUGAGUUCCACCAUGACACCCUCCAUGCAGUUUCCCAUGGGUCCUGCCUGCAUCUUCCUAAGAAAAGGCAUCGCGGAGAAACAGCGGGAAAGACCACUGGGACCAGAUGAGAUUGAAGAGCUCCGGGAAGCAUUUCUUGAGUUUGACAAGGACCGAGAUGGGUUCAUCUCUUGUAAGGAUUUGGGGAAUCUCAUGAGGACAAUGGGUUACAUGCCCACGGAGAUGGAACUGAUUGAACUGGGCCAGCAGAUCCGGAUGAACUUGGGUGGCCGUGUAGAUUUUGACGACUUUGUGGAGCUGAUGACCCCCAAAUUGCUUGCAGAAACGGCUGGGAUGAUUGGUGUCCAGGAGAUGCGAGAUGCCUUCAAGGAAUUUGAUGCCAACGGGGACGGGGAGAUCACACUGGUGGAGCUGCAGCAGGCCAUGCAGAGGCUCCUAGGAGACAAGCUCACGUCCCAGGAGAUCUCCGAGGUGGUCCAGGAAGCCGACAUUAAUGGAGACGGCACCGUCGACUUUGAAGAGUUUGUGAAGAUGAUGUCUCGUUGAGGAGGUCCUGGGAUUUCCCAGCCUCUCUCCACCUGCUCACCGUGGAUCAAGUCGUGGCGGAGGGGAGGACCACGUGCCCCAUGGGCCCUCCAGAGAGAGAGGGUGGGCGGGUGGGUGGAGACUGGUAUUGCAGCGCUAUGGAUUGAGCGUAGCCUAGAAACGAUAGCUGUGGCCAGAUGGGGUGGUGUUACAUCCCUGGAACUAGAUUGAGGAGGAAGAGGCCUGUGUGAACAGUACUGGGGUCUCCUUGCCACUCCCCCAAAUCCCAAAGAAAGAUUAAUGACAUCUCUCAACUCGUAAUCCUAAAUCCUUCCAACCUGGCAGGGUCUCUUCCCCAACUUCCUCUGGGUGAAAAUAGUCUUUUCUCCUGUUUGGUUCAGAAAGUUCAACACAGCGUUUACCUUUCCCCCUCCUUGCUUCAGCUGCCUUGAAUCCCCUCAGUUUCUUCCUCUCGGUUGAAGAAGGCUUGUCUAUCAUGAGGCUAGAAACAGGGUUCUUGAUGAGACUGGGUUUGGAAAGGGUUAACUAAAGAGGCGUCCAUGUGAACCUACCCGCCCC